GGCCCAAUCCAUCAGGGCCAAUUAGACCAGUCUCUACAGCCAGCAAAAAGGGCACCAAAAACACACACAUAGCCCCCAAUUUCUUUGCUUGUGUCAGGAGAAUGACUUCCUAUGCUGUGCUUCCCGCCAGGGCUGCUCAGCCUCGCUUUUUUUGGGCUCGCGGUCUUUCGUUUAACCAGGCCCCGAAAGCACUGGGCCCAGUGCCCGUGGUCUUCCCCGGCGUCAACCUGCUGCCUGCUUUGGACGCCGUGGAGGAGUUGCCGACGCUCAGAUCCGUGGAUGACGUGCGGCUAGAGGCUUUGGGCUCGCCGCCCCAGGCGCUUUCCGUGGCGGCCCCCCCAUCUCUACCCGUGUAUAUCAGGCGAAACACGAUGAUGACGCUCCAGGCGAACAUGGACCACGUGCGCUUCCAAUCACGGUUGCUAGCACCAUUGCAGAGGCUCAUGUCUGGAAACUUCGUGCUGCGGUACCAGGAGAUCGUCGGCACCGAGCCGUUCAGCGUGCUUGUUCUGGCCAGCUCGCCGAGCUGGUUCCCGUCUCUUUUCUCCCGGACCACACAGAAGUCGUUCACCAAUCUCGCUUUGGAUGGUGCUGCCGACUGGGCGCUCUUCAAGCGCGACGCGCUCCAGGUGUACGCGGGGCCGUCCCUAGAGAUUUCCAUGCGCCGGGUGCCCGCGAGGAUCUCGCGCAGAUUCAGCAAGCACUUGAAGCUCCGGCUGCGCGAGCCCACGGGCUUGUACCGCUGGUAUCGGCCCGGGUACACCUUUGUCCACGGGCGCGGUGCGCUUGGCUUGGUAGGCAACGGCAUGGUGUACUCGGCCAGUGUUGCUGAGGGCGAGCUGAUUGCUGUCAGCAGGGCACACUUGCUUGGCAUCUCGGUCAACGGGCCCCAUGACUUGGAAAACUGCAUCGUGGCACACAAGAACCCCGUCAAGAUGGAAAACGUGGUCCUCGUGCCUCCGCCCCAGGCGGCCAGCCUCAACACGUGGCGCGACGUGUGGACCCAGCUGAAAUACUACUACUGGCGGCUAUUCGACCUUUUGCGGAAGUUCCGUGGCCGCUCAAUGCAGCAGGCGAUCGGCAACCAGGACUUCGUGAAGGUCGUGGGGCCACGCACCAUCUUGCUCCAGUCCGGCGUGCCUCAGGAGUCGUUCGAGCGCAAGUUCGACUUGCCUCGCCUAACGCCGGCCAGCCACGUGCAGAUUGUGCCGGAAAAGCUGGUGGAGAACAAGCCAGCGGACUACCUAAACGUGGUCACGAUUGAGCCGGGGAAAGCGCCGAAAAUCGAGAGCACUGAUGACUUCAAGGACGGCCUUCGGCAUAAGAACUAGACACUGCAGCAGUAGCUCGUAUAUAGUAAAUAGCAGAUGAGUUCAAGGGUUGGGCCGGGCUGUGGAAUGGACCUCGACUGCAGCAUUCUCGAGAGACACUUCCAAGGGCAUUGAUGUCGGUGAAGCAGUAUUUACAGAGACAGCUAUCCAUAGGAUAUGAACCUAGCUUCCAUAGCGGACGGAAACGACAAUGUUGAUGGCGCAAUUCAAAUAGAUUCGAAGUAAAGAGUUUACUUAU